UGUGGCAGCAAAACACUUAGCUGCAUUUGGUUUUGUGGUAGCACCUCUAAAGCCCCAGUUUGGGAUUUGGAGCCUAACUGUGCUGGGUGCUGCACACACAGUGCAGACAGGCCCUGCCUCAGUGUAUAAUGGCAGUAAGGUGAAAUCAUUGGUGGAUACAACAAACAGAGGGUUCCGCCAUGUGCUCCUUGGAGAUGAGGAUGCACCAAUCACAGCUCAGCCCCAGGAUGAUAGUAUAGUGCUGGGCUGCUGAUGCGCAGAGCACCUACUGUGGGAUAUCGCUCCAGCAGGGCCAUCCUGGGGCUGCCCUCCAUCUCUCCCAGCAGAGCCAAUGGACGCCCACGCGGAUCUCCUGACAGAACUCCAGCUGCUGGAUAAGGUGCCCACGUUGGAGCGGCUGCGGACAGCUCAGAAGCGCAGGGCUCAGCAGCUGAAGAAGUGGGCGCAGUACGAGAAGGAGAUGCAGCACAAGAAGCGGAAGCAUGAGAAGAGGAGGAGCGCUGUGAGCCGCAAGAAGGUGUCUUUUGAGGCCAGCGUUGCUUUGCUGGAGGCAUCGCUGAGGAAUGAUGUGGAGGAAGUGUGUUACUUACUGAAGAACAAUAUCAGCCCGGACCUGUGCAAUGAAGAUGGACUCACUGCACUGCAUCAGUGCUGCAUAGACAACUUCGAAGAGAUAGUCAAGCUUCUCCUCAACCAGGGGGCUAAUGUCAAUGCAAAGGACAAUGAGCUAUGGACCCCACUGCAUGCAGCAGCUACCUGUGGUCACAUCAACCUGGUGAAGAUUCUAAUUCAGCAUGGAGCAGACUUGCUGGCAGUAAAUGCAGAUGGAAACAUGCCAUAUGAUCUCUGUGAAGAUGAGCAGACCCUUGAUGUCAUUGAGACCUGCAUGGCAUACCAGGGCAUAACACAGGAAAAAAUCAAUGAGAUGCGGGCUGCUCCGGAGCAGGCCAUGAUCUCUGACAUCCGAGGUCUAAUUGCAGCAGGACAAGACCUGAACAGGACAGAUAUUCAAGGUGCUACAUUGCUGCACAUAGCUGGGGCUAAUGGUUACCUGCAUGCAGCUGAGAUGCUUCUAGACCAUGGAGCACGGCUAGACAUCCAGGACUGGGAUGGCUGGGAACCUCUCCAUGCUGCUGCCUUCUGGGGACAGAUGCAAAUGGCAGAGUUGCUGGUGUCCCAUGGGGCCAGCCUGAGUGCCAGGACGCCCUUUGAUGAGAUGCCAAUAGACUUGUGUGAAGAAGAGGAGUUCAAAGUGUUACUGCUGGAGCUGAAACAUAAGCAUGAUGUGAUCAUGAAAUCCCAGAUGAGGCACAAGUCCUCCCUCAGCAGGAGGACCUCCAGCACGGGAAGCCGAGGGAAGGUGGUGAGGAGGGCGAGUCUUUCGGACCGAACCAACCUUUACAGGAAGGAGUAUGAGAAGGAGGCCAUUGUCUGGCAGCAAAUGGGAGCAACAGAAGAACAGAGAAACUCAGGCUAUGCUGGAGAAAUCAUGGAGGCUCGAUCUGACCAAGAGAACACAGAUCCAAAUUCAGUGCUGGAGAACUCUAUGCUCCUUCCUGAGUUAGCUACCAAAAGCACACAGAGUGACCCUGAAUCCUCCCUCCAGAAUGGACUCAGGGCAUCGGCCAGCACUUACCAGUACUCGGUUUCCAACGGGGACAUCUGGAAAAUGCACACAGCUCCAGACUGUAAUACAAGUCAAGCCCUGCCCUACAGCAGCCCCGGUGACCCCGACUUUCAGCAAAUCUGGGGUGGCUACAAGGAUCGCAGCCAUCAAACACUUUCUGAACUGAAGCGGCAGCGGGCUGCAGCUAAGCUGCUUAACCACCCUUUCCUCAGCACCCACUUUGGCACCAGUGUGAGUGGGGUAGUUGAGAAUGGGGGCGAGGCCAAGGAGCACCUGAUUGAUUCCAGGACUUCUCCCUACAGUCCCAAUGGGACGUCAGUUUAUUACACAGCGUCCAGUGGCGAUCCCCCUCUCUUGAAAUUCAAAGCUCCCAUGGAUGAAAUGGAGGAGAAAGUGCACGGGUGCUGCAGGAUUUCCUAGUGUCAUCCAUGUCUCACCUCAGAGGAGACUAAAAGUGGAUGGCCAGGUUAGCUUUAUUACUGAGGAUGGGCUGUUUCCAUCCCCACAUGGGGAGAACUCAGUUUAGUUACAUAGGACUUGAUGGGGCCAGCCUCAUUCAUCUUGAAUAGUACCUUACCCUGCCAGUAACCCCACUGCAAUCAAAUGAGUAAGGCUGGCAGAGUGAGGCCCAUAGUGGAGAAAUGAAGUACACAUCCUUGUGUGCAGUAAAAAAAAGCUACCCCACUCUUCCUCAUGGCAGUGUUAUGAAAGGGACAGUGGGGGGCUCUCCACUGUAAAUCGUGCAGGGUCUUUGAAAGACAAAACCAUCUGAAUUAGAGUCCUCCCUUUCUGCGCCUCCUGCUGGGAGCCACCCAGCUUCUGGAAUGCGACAUGAUGGGCCUGACUCUCACUCAUGGAUGUGAUAGGUGUGUCCCCCAAGAAUGUGUGGCCAGCCCCCUGCAUUUGUGCAAACAGCCCAGGAGUUACAAGUGCAGACUUUGAGUCUUUGGUGUGUUUCAUUUGGCUACACAGAGGUGAAGCUGGGCACAUCCCCAGUGCAUGUACUUCGGGAAGUGGUGUGAUGCCUGCAUUGUGUGAUGCCUGACGGCCCACUGUCAAAAGCGGCAAACCAGUUUGUGGCCUACUCUAAUUGAAAGCAGUGGCUGUGCAGUGCCAUCAGGUUUGAAGCAGAACUCCUGAUGGAAAUCCAGUAGAAUAAACUCUGGCAAUAAAAUGCUGACUGAAAGGGUCAAUAAUGGGAUAGAAACAAAUUACUUGUAUUACUAAGACCCUUAGAUUAGUGAAAUCCAUUCAGUUUUAACAAUCUCACCUUCCCUGUUGGUGCUGAGUUUUACUCUAUGCUUCACUCAGCUUAAAAACUAGAAUGGUCUCUGUUGCUUUCUGUCUCUCCUGCACUAUCAGAGUGCUAUUGUAUUUGGGUUUCCAGAACCGCAGGGCUCUGUUUAAAUUAGGAAGGAAGGGGAAAGAAAGACCUGCUUCCAGUAAAAAUGGCCUGGAAAUAUUUCCAGUCACACUAGGUUUUGACACUCUUGUGUGUGAACCUGUGUUCUUGGGGCUAAGCUGCUCGAGCAUCUAAAUAUGUAAAUGCUAAGUUGUUGCUUUUGGUUGUAGAGCAUCCAAACUUAGGAUGGAAACUUUUUAACAUUUUUUUCCCAGCAUUCCAGUGUUUUUUCAGACUCUAUGCUGGGGUCACCAGCAGCAGUGUGGUAGCUGCCAGUAAAAGGCUCAGAAAUAGUUAUCUUGUAUGAGAGAGAAAGUGGCUUCUUUCACUGAGCAAAAGCCAGCAUGCAGCAGUGAAGUUUGGAGUGGUCUAGUGAAGCGCUGUUGGAUAGGAAGCCAGCACCAGUGUUUCGGGGUAGCAUGUGUUAACUGUGUGCCAGGCUGCAUUUGUGGAAUCUGUGGCUUGGUGUAACAAGGGGUGUGUGAUUGGCAGGCCAGUUUCUGCAGUUGCCCUUCAGGGAGCAGAACCCUCACCUGAAUGGUAGCAGCAAGGAGACAGCACCUAUCAGCAGAGCAUCAGCUAUAGGGAAGUGGACAUGAGAGUUCAGAAUAAACAGGCAAAAUAUUUAAAAAAUGUUUUAAGUUGCAUCUGCAAAAUAUUUGUCUGCACAAAGGGGCCAUUGCACACAGUCUGUGUCUGUGAAUUUUGUCUUGUAGAUGCAGCUUAGGCCCCAGACUUAAAAAA